CUCACUUGCGCUCUCCACACAAACUAAUUUUAACUAACCAAAAACCCAUUCACGUAUAUCAUAAAAACUGUCCCUAGAAGCUAGAAUUGUCUCAGAAGAUCAGAUUAGAAAUAAAGGCAAAAUGGGGGUUUCAUUUCUCUCAACUAUCCCUCCUUUGCUUCCACUUGUUCCUGUCCCAUCUCUCACCACAACUACAACCAACAGAUACCCAUCUUAUGCAAAAUAUCAGGUUACAGUUCGUUGUAAUAAAAUGGAAAUUGAUGCUACUGCUGAGGAUGAGGAUCGGUUUUGUCGAAGGGACAUUCUUAAAUGUGCUGGUGUUACCAUUGGCAUGGAACUAAUGGCAAGCUCAGGAUUGUUUGUUGAAAAAGCUAGUGCUGCUGAUUUGAUACAACGGAGACAGCGUUCUGAAUUUCUUUCAAGUGUCAAGGAGACACUUUAUACGGCUAUAAAUGGAAAUGUAGAGCUUCUUCCAUCCUUAUUAACUUUGGCACUGAAUGAUGCAAUGACUUAUGAUAAGGCUACAAAAUCCGGCGGUGCAAAUGGAUCCAUACGCUUCAGUUCAGAGUUAAGCAGGCCUGAAAACAAGGGGCUUUCUGCUGCUUUAAAUUUGUUAGAGGAAGCAAAGAAAGAGAUAGAUUCAUAUUCCAAGGGUGGACCCAUUUCCUAUGCAGAUCUCAUCCAAUAUGCAGCACAAGGUGUCCUCAAGUCCACAUUUCUAGCUUCUGCCAUUCGUAAAUGCGGUGGGAAUGUGGAGAAAGGGAGAUUGUUAUACACUGCAUAUGGUUCAAAUGGACAGUGGGGCUUGUUUGAUAGGCAAUUUGGAAGGGCAGACACCCAAGAACCAGAUCCGGAAGGGAGGGUUCCCCUAUGGGAGAACGCAAAUGUGAAGGAAAUGAAAGACAAGUUUGUAGCUAUUGGCUUUGGUCCUCGCCAGCUAGCUGUGAUGUCUGCAUUCUUGGGUCCAGAUCAGGCUGCUACUGAGGCAUUAUUGGCCACCGAUCCAGAUGUUUCUCCGUGGGUUCAGAAAUAUCAACGUAGCCGAGAAACAGUAUCUGAGACAGAUUAUGAGGUUGAUCUGAUCACCACUCUCACAAAAUUAAGUAGCUUGGGUCAGCAAAUCAACUACGAGGCAUAUACAUAUCCUGUUCAAAGAGUUGAUUUGAGCAAACUCAAAUUAUAGAGGAAGUAAAUAGCCUUUGCCAAGCAGUAGCAGCACUGCAGGGAGGAGACUUAUUUCUUGGAACAAUUUAAUGCUGAAACAUCUACAAGCUUUUAGUUUUUAUGGUGACCCUUUUGCAGGAUGGUUUUUUUUUAGAUAAAUGACACUUUAUAAUGAGGUAUUUUAUACAAAUAAUUAAAAAAAAAAAAAUCAGUGAAUCAAUUGUUCAA